AUUAUGUGAACAAUCACAAGUCAAGUGUCCUUUGUCUGUAAUGUCAUAAUUUUAUUUUCCGGCCCACUCUUUUAUUUCGGAUAACCCUUGUCAAAAUUGAUUCCAGAUGCUCUGCUCGAAGCUAUUCGGGUUCCGGCGUUCAAUUAUCUUUCGGAGUAUUUACAAUUGGGGCAACUACGAUGCCAGUGCCGGUCAAUGCCGUCGGAUGCGUGAUGAGGAGGUCGCCAAGUGUGCAGUGGGCAAGGAUAGCUGCUCACCAAAGCCAAUGAGUGCGUUUGAGUUUCCUUCCUUCACCCGCGACAAGUACCCCAUGCAUCUGCAGGAGAUCUACGAACGGGUGGAUAAACCCGAUCACGAAUGCUAUCAGAAGCUAGUCCGGCAUGACAAAGACAUGUACAAACCCUCGGAUAAAUCCCGCAAAUUUCAACGCACGUGGCCCGAAUGCCCGCUGAUUUGGCUGCGACCGAGGGACACCUGUUGUCCCGAUCCGGAGCGCUUUCCGCCAGUGGAGCGCCGUCCCCGCCCACCUUUACAGAAGGCGCUAACGAACAUUGAAAAGCACAACUUUCAAAUGGAAUUGUUUUGCAAAUCCUUCAUGUUGGCAAAAGGCUGCAAACAGGGUCGUCGCCCGCCCGACUGCCAUCGAAUACGUGAGGUCACCGAUUGCAUCAAGACGCCAGCUCCGAUGCCCAGCUUCUCGGAGGUCUGCCGGCACCUGGUUCCCUCCUAUUGUCCAGCCGAAUGUGCCUGCCUAACGCUGCCCACCAAAUGCGAUGGAUUUGCCAAAUACCAUAGGCAUAAAAUGGCGCACAAGACCUGCACCAAACCCCUCAUCGCUUACAAGCCAAGAUUGCAAUUCCCAUUCUGAACAGAUUUUUCUGGAAUCUAGAGUUAACACAGUAACCAGUGGCUUACUCAGUCACUUUUAUAAAACAUUCGCUUCGCACUCUCAAAAUUUUAAGGAUGAAGUCGGCACUUCGUUUUAUCUACCGCGGGGGCUGCAGAAGAUACUCCUUUAAAAUUACCAAAUUUCCGCAAAUGCCAUGCCCCACGGAGCCCAUGGUUAUCCCUUGUGCGGUAGAAAAGGAUGUGCCGGCGCAGCAAGAGCAGGUGAAGUGCUGUAAGAUGCGAACGACGGAUCCCUGUGCGGUUCCAGAACGAUCUAAGCCACCCAAACCGCCGCGGGAACCAUUCCGUUCGAUGUGGGAGGCAUCGAACACGAUUACCGACCUGAGGAAGUGCAAGGAUCUACUGCCACGACUCGACGAAUUGUAUUAUCAUCCCCAGUAUGAUAACAGGCGAUUCCAGCGCACCUGGGUGGAGUGUCCGCCGGUUAGGCAGCGUCUGCGGAAGGUGUGCUGUCUGGAUGGCAUCGAUCCGCCCGAGGUGAACUAUCGUAUCAAAGAGCGUUGCCCAGAAAUCUGUGGCAUGGAUUACAAGAAGCUCUUGGCGCUCUGCUCCGAAAAUGAGUACGUUCAGGAUCCCGAAAAGAAGUGUCGGAAGCACUUUUGGCCCUGCUGCAGGCCCGCGCGCUGCAAGCCCUGCUGCAAGAUACCCAGAGUGAAAACCAUCUGCACGAGGCUACGUGCCCCGCAUCCUUCGUAUUCGGAACGACACAGGGGCAACCCACCUCUCCCAAGGUCCGAGUGCAGAUGUCAUGAAACUGUGCCCAGAUGUGUGGCCAUGCAGGUGGAAAUCCAUAGGAAAAACAUUGACCUUCAGCCCAACUGUUGAAGCGGAGCAAUGAAUGCAGGAUACCCAAGACUUGCCGUCAUUGUUUUGCUUUCACAGAUGAGGCUGUCUACCAAAUUCUAAGCCGUCCAAAUAAAUAUUUUUAAAAAAUGUGUAAAUAAAAACAAUAAAGUCCUAAGUAGAUGCACUUAUCAAAA